AUGGGAAGCAAAGUCAUGUCUUAUAUGGUGGCAGGCAGGGGGACUUGUGCACAGGAACUCCUAUUUAUACAACCAUCAGAUAUCUUGAGACAAGAACAGUAUGGGGCUCCCUGGUGUGAUUCCGUCCUGCGUGGCUGUUCUCUGGAGCAGCAUUCAUUUAUCUUCGUCUGCCUUGUCUCCUACCUAAGUGUGUGCCGCCACCCGAUGGAAGAUUGGAUGGACAUGGACAUGAGCCCCCUGAGGCCCCAGAACUAUCUUUUCAGUUGUGAACUAAAGGCCGACAAAGAUUAUCACUUUAAGGUGGAUAAUGAUGAAAAUGGGCACCAGUUAUCUUUAAGAAUGGUCAGUUUAGGGGCUGGUGCAAAGGAUGAAUUGUACAUUGUUGAAGCAGAGGCAAUGGAUUACGAAGGCAGUCCAAUUAAAGUAACACUGGCAACUUUGAAAAUGUCUGUACAGCCAACGGUUUCUCUUGGGGGCUUUGAAAUAACACCACCAGUGGACUUAAGGUUGAAGUGUGGUUCAGGGCCAAUGCAUAUUAGUGGACAGCACUUAGUAGCUGUGAAGGAAGGUGCAGAGUCAGAAGAUGAAGAAGAGGAGGAGGUGAAACUCUUAAGUAUAUCUGGAAAGCAGUCUGCCCCUGGAGGUGGGCAGAAAAAAGUAAAACUUGCUGCUGGGGCUGCUGAUGAUGAUGAAGAUAAUGAUGGUGAUUAUGAUGAUGAGGAAGCUGAAGAAAAAGCGCCAGUGAAGAAAUCUAUACGAGACACUCCAGCCAAAAAUGCACAAAAGUCAAAUCAGAAUGGAAAAGACUCAAAACCAUCAUCAACACCAAGAUCAAAAGGACAAGAAUCCUUCAAAAAACAGGAAAAAUCUCCUAAAACACCAAAAGGAUCUAGUUCUGUAGAAGACAUUAAAGCAAAAAUGCAAGCAAGUAUAGAAAAAGGUGGUUCUCUUCCCAAAGUGGAAACCAAGUUCAUCAAUUAUGUGAAGAAUUUCUUCUGGAUGACUGACCAAGAGGCUAUUCAAGAUCUCUGGCAGUGGAGGAAGUCUCUUUAAGAAAAUAGUUUAAACAAUUUGUUAAAAAUUUUCCAUCUUAUUUCAUUUCUGUAACAGUUGAUAUCUGGCUGUCCUUUUUAUAAUGCAGAGUGAGAACUUUCCCUACCAUGUUUGAUAAAUGUUGUCCAGGUUCUGUUGCCAAAAA